AAUAUUUUAAUCUAUCCUGUGACAAAAUAUUUAUAAUAUUAUUAUUUAUUUUAAUCUAAGAUUAUAUUAUAUUAUUCGUUAUUCAGUGGUUAUUUCAUAUUUUCAUUUUCAUGUUUUAUGUUACAAAAUUAAUAAUAAAUGAUCCCAUUGGCCAUAUUAUUAUCUCACAAAAAGUAUAACGCAUCAAUGCGUUACGAAUAAAUAUUAAAUUGACAUGAUAAAGAUUAAAGAAUUAACAGAUCUACAAAAUUUCUAAAUAUAAAACAAUUUUUAACAAGUAAAAUACUAAUACAUACAAUAUUCAUUUAACUUUAAUAACUGUGGUCUAGUUUAACUUGAAUAUACCAAAAUACAAAAUAUAUUUAAAAUGGCUUCAAAAAAGUCUUUAAAUUUAGCAAAAGCGAAAGAUGAAUUAGUUGAUGGUGUAUACAUCAGACCAUCAAAGAAAAAAAUAAUGACAUCGCAAAUUGUCACUAAUGAUGAGUUAACAAACUUGAUUCAAGAACGUUUAGCUAAUCGUCGUACUGGUGAACGUACAGAAUUUGCUAAUCAAUUAGCUAGAAAAUUAAUUAAAAAAUUACAUGAUCAAGAUGUUAAGCUUCGAAAAACUAAUGGUAAAAAAAGAGGUGGAUUGGCUACUCAAAUUAUAGAUGAAAAAACUGAUCACUUAAAUACGAAAAGAGUUGAAGAAAAAGGUCUUCCUGGAUCUGAUUUGAUUGAUGAUUUUGCUGCAGAUAAUACUCCACCUCCUAAGAAGCGUGACCCACCGAAGAUGACUUGUAAAGAAAUGGCAAUGACAAUUAUAAAUUGCAAAAAAGUGUUAGAAGACAAAACAACAUUAGAUAAAAAAGUUGCUAAUAAGUUCACGUGUGCACUCAAGUCAAGAUUAGCUUAUAAAUUAAAAAAAAAACCAAAUACUUCAAGUAAAUAAUUUAUUAUAUUAUUUUUAUAUGCCUAUCUUAUUGUUUAAUCUGUUCAUAAAGUUGUAUACAUUGAGAUUUAGGAAUAUUUAUUUGCAUGUAAAUUUAUUAGUGAUAGGCAACGAUAUAAUUUUGUGAAACGAUAUCGUUUCAAUUUUUCCGUUAUUUAUCAUAAUAUUGUAUCAAAAAUAUUGAAAAUACCCAUUUUAAAUAUUACUUACUUAGUAGGUACUUAUUUAAAUUAAUAAUUAAAAAAAUAAAUAUUGAAUAGCAAAUGUUGCUUUACCUAGUUAAUUGAAGACUAGAAAAAAUAACUAGUUCCCGAUAUUGUAUCGAAAUAUUGUUAUUGUUGCCCAUCGCUAAAAUGUAUUAUAAAAUGGCAACCAUUAUUCACCACUAAGGUUGUUACAAUCCUGUAAACAUAAGCAAUCCCUAGAGAUAAAAUUUUUCCAGGUUGAGCUUCUUUGGAGUUGGCAAAUUUUCUAGAAAAGUGUGCAUAGGUAAAACUAUGGGUCCUGCCUUGACCUGACCUAAUACUGAAUAGAUAACAUACUGAAUUAAUAGGAUUUAAAAGUAAAAUUAAAUACUUAUUUUGUAAUUAGAAUUUUUCAUUUUUAUCGUUUGGUCUGUUCUAAUUAAAUUUCCUAGAUUCUCUUAUGAAA